AUUUCUCCCCCUAGUGGCGCAAAGAGUAAGCAGCGCUUCGUUUGCUUCUCCCCGCCCUCCCGAUGCCGGCUCUGCCAGCGGAGGCUCAAAGGGGGAGGGGUAGCAGGCCGCGGGGAGGGGCGCGAGCUGGUCCGGUGGCCUUUCAUUUUGCGGAGGUUUGGGAAGGAGCCGUGCCGUUCCGCUGAACAGAAGACAGGAAGGCUUUGGAGGGGCAGGAGCCAUGCCGAAACAUGAGUUCUUUGUAGACAUGACCUGUGAAGGGUGCUCCAAUGCUGUCACCCGUGUUCUCAACAAGCUGGGAGGUGUUCAGUUUGAAAUUGACCUACCCAACAAGAAAGUGACUAUACAAUCGGAGCACAAUGUUGACACCUUGCUGGACACACUUAAGAAAACUGGGAAAAAUGCCUCCUACAUUGGAGAGAAGUAACCUUAUAGGAAGGCUUGGCUGAUGGGACUACUGUACUUCAGGAAAGCACCGCUUAACAUGGCUUCAGCAAGGAGAUGGCUGUUUACACUUCUGCCAGUCCUCUUUCUUUGACCGCAGUUGCCCUUCCAGAUGUUGGAGAAGAGUGGAAAGGUGGGGAAAGGACUAAGACCACAGAUGUCCUAAGUCUCCUACUACAAAUGUAGUGUUUAUGCAUUUCUUCUGUUUGGCCUUGCAAUAAAGCAUGGAGCUGCUUCUGUUUUCAAGUAAA